AUGGAGACGAGCAGAAGAAGUUCAAGGGCGUCCGCCGCCGGAAGUGGGGGAAGUGGGUGUCGGAGAUUAGGGUCCCGGGGACGCCGGAGCGCCUCUGUCUCGGUUCCUACGCCACGCCGGAGGCCGCCGCCGUCGCCCACGGGUAAUCUCAACUUCCCGCUGGCCCUACCGGCCGGCGCGGCUGUCGGGAUCUCGCCUCGGUCGGUGCAGAGGGCGGCGUCGGACGCCGGCCUGGCGAUCGACGCGCGGCUGUCGGGGUCGAGGGGCGGCGGCGAGCAGCCGUCCGCCGGCGAUUGGCACGGAGGAAACGAUCGGGAGCAUUUGGAUAUUUCCGUCGAAGAUUAUCUAUAG